AUGGCGACACAAGCAUUCGACCCCUCCAACGUCGACCUCACGACAGCCGACAAAGUCGAAGUAAUCUGCUACUUCACCGUGGGCGAAAACGAAUACAACGGCAUGCUCGGCGCGCGUAUCUCGUCCAUCUUCGUCAUCGGCUUCGUCUCCACCCUCGUAACCUACUUCCCCGUCAUCGCGCGCAAGAAACCAUCUUGGAAAAUCCCACUUGGUCUCUACACUUUUGCGCGCUUCUUUGGUUCGGGCGUCAUAGUCGCAACAGCGUUUAUCCACCUGCUGGAUCCGGCGUACGAAGCAAUAGGCCCGGGGAGUUGUGUGGGAGAAAGCGGAGCAUGGGCGGAGUAUCCAUGGUGUGCAGCCAUAGUGCUGACAUCUAUCAUGGCGGUAUUCUGUGUAGAUCUAGGUGCAGAAGUAUAUGUCGAACGGCAUUUUGGCGUGAAGAAGGAAGAGAGCGAGGUUUCCAACAACGCGUUUCUUCGCUCUGACUACAACAACACCAUCGUAGUCGCACCAGUAGCAGCCAUGGCGGACCCAGAAUCCAGCGAUAAUAACCCAAGUCAAGACCACCAAAACGGGAAUCAACAAGACCACCACCGCAAACACACAGCAAGCCUACGCAGCUACCACUCCUCGUCCUCCCUCUGCACCACCUCAACAGCAGCCCGCCUCUCCUUCGCGCAGCAAAUCGGCGCCUUCCUCGUCCUAGAAUUCGGAAUCAUUUUCCACUCCGUCAUCAUCGGCCUGAACCUCGGCGUCUCCUAG